AAACUCAAUGGCUACUGCUGCUCAAUCUCGUGUCAUGGUGCUACCGUUCCCUGCACAGGGCCAUGUCAUCCCGCUCAUGGAGCUCUCGCGCAAGCUCGUCAAGCACGGCUUCGAGAUCGACUUCAUAAACACCGAGUUCAACCACGGUCGUCUCCUUGAAGCCUUAGCAGAGAAGGGAGCAAUCCCCGGUGGAAUUCACAUGCUCUCCAUCCCAGACGGCCUAGGACCUGCUGAGGACCACACCGAUAUCGGUGCAUUUGUCAAGGGCCUACCGGCCGCCAUGUCCGGCCGUCUCGAGGAGAUGAUCACAUCGAGAAAGAUCAAGUGGAUGAUAGCAGACGUGUCCAUGAGCUGGGCGCUGCAGCUGGCCACCACAGCCGGUGUCCGUGUCGCCCUGUUCUCCACUUACUCUGCGGCCGUGUUUGGCCUCAGGAUGAACCUCCCCAAACUGAUAGAAGAUGGUGUUCUGGACGAAAGCGGGAAUGUAAUGAGGCAUGAGAGGGUCCAACUGAUGCCGCCCGUCGACGCGGGAGAAAUCCCAUGGGUCAGCCUGGGAAGCACCGCUGAGAGGCGCAAAACCAACGUCCAAAACGUCCUGAGGACCAACCGGUUGAUGCCACUGGCUGAGAUGAUCAUCUGUAACACUUUCAUCGAGAUGGAACCAGACGCGCUGGCUCUCCUCCCCAACGCGCUGCCGCUCGGCCCGCUGGUUGAGCCGACGGCGAGGCCAGCCGGACAUUUCCUGCCCGAAGACCUGACAUGCCUGACCUGGCUGGACACGCAGGCCCCUGGCUCCGUUAUCUACAUCGCCUUCGGGAGCUCGGGCGUCUUGGACGCGACACAGUUCCAAGAGCUCGCCGACGGGCUCGCCCUCUCCGGCCGACCGUUCAUGUGGGUGGUCCGUCCGAAAUUCACCACCGGCGUCGGACAAGAUUGGUUGGACGUGUUCAAGCACCGCGUCGAUGGCAAGGGGCUAGUCGUUGGCUGGGCACCGCAGCAGCGCGUGCUUUCGCACCCCUCCGUCGCCUGCUUCGUGUCACACUGUGGGUGGAACUCGACCAUGGAAGGCAUGCUGCACGGCGUACCGUUCGUGUGCUGGCCUUACUUCGCCGACCAGUUCUGCAACCAGAGCUACAUCUGCAACGUGUGGGGCACGGGCGUCAAACUUUGCCGUGACAAACGAGGGGUGGUCACCAAAGAGGAGAUCGAGAGCAAGGUCGCCUGGCUGCUCGGAGACGAAGAGAUCAAAGGGAGGGCCGCGAAGUGGAAGCACAAGGCGUCUGCGAGCAUCAUAGAGGGCGGAUCUUCCCAUCAGAACUUGCUCGAGCUUGUGAAUCUGGUAAGAGAACAAUCCUACCCUAGUGGAUGAAGAAGAGCUAAGUGCUACAGUUGGUGGUCAGCGUCUUUCACACCUUGUUGGUGAGAUGCGAUGUUUAGCUCAAUUUAAAAUCUGAAAGUAUCUUGCUAG